GGAUUGCAAGCGGCUCGUUAGGAAUUGUUCACGAAUCGAAUGGACGUUUUGAGAAAAUAGAAGACUCAAAUUGUAUAAUCUUAGCGAUUCGUGAAAUGUUCAGGUAUUUACUCCAGUGCAGUGGUUUUCGAAAUAAAAACAUUGAUAUAACUAAAAAGAGAAUAAUUAAUGCUGCGGAGACAUGCUGAUAUAAAGGGAAUGUUUGACUCUGGAAAUGAGAUAUAACAUAUUUUGGCUUCUGAAAUGCCACUUCUUGUGCUGCAUAUUCUCUCCUUGGAAUCUCGUGUUUGGACAGAUUCGUUACUCAAUUCCUGAAGAACUGCAACUCGGCGCCUUUGUUGGGAAUAUCGCUGAGGAUCUCAGCUUAGAUGUAAAGCAGCUCCCGGCUCGCAACUUGCGAAUGGUAGCCAGGACCAACAAACAAUACGUGGAUAUAAAUUUGGACAUUGGCAUUUUACGGGUGACGAAAAUAAUUGACAGAGAAGAGAUUUGCGGACCGAGCCUCAGUUGUGUGCUAAGCUUCAACGUUUUCCUUGAAAAUCCUUUAAAGCUGUACCAGGUUGCAGUGGAGAUUCUCGAUGUAAAUGACAAUGCUCCCAGUUUCCCAAAUACACAAUUCCGCCUAGAAGUGUCAGAGCGUUCUACUCCUGGAACGCGCUUUCCACUCGAGCCCGCGCACGAUCUGGACGUUGGAACCAACUCCGUACAAACCUACGAGCUCCUUCCGAACGAUUAUUUUUUUCUCGAUGUACAGAUGCGCAGUGGUAAUGUAAAAUCCCCGGUACUAGUGCUGCAGAGUACCUUGGAUAGAGAAGCGGAAACCAGCCACAAAUUAACGUUGAUAGCCAAGGACGGCGGAGUGCCCGUGAGGUCGGGCUUGGUUCAGAUAUCGAUAACUGUAAAGGAUGCAAACGACAACGCUCCCAUCUUCUCCCAGUCAGUUUACAGAGUCAGUCUGUUAGAGAACGUAGCCACAGGAACGCAGGUAAUCAUACUAAAUACCACUGACUUGGACGAUGGCCCCAAUGGAGAGAUAAGCUACUCGUUUGGUAGCCACACUUCAGCUCGAGUUCGAGAGCUGUUUGGGGUGAAUUCCAAAACUGGUGAAAUUAUAGUAAAACGGACGUUGGACUAUGAACAAACCAGUGUCUUUGAGUUAAACAUUCAGGCUACAGACGGAGGUUCUGACGCUAUGUCGGGGCACUGUGAUGUUUUGGUAAAUAUUAUUGAUGUGAAUGAUAACCCACCUGAGGUGAUUUUGACGUCUUUAUCGAGUACAAUAUCGGAAAAUGUAGCUAGUGGGACUGUAGUCGCUCUGUUCGCUGCAGCAGAUAAAGAUUCGGGGAGAAACGGGCAGGUACAAUGUCAUAUUUCAAAUAAAUUGCCAUUUAAACUGGAUUCUUCUUUAAAGAAUUUUUAUGGAAUACUUGUUCAUCAUUCACUUGAUCGUGAAAACACUUCCAAGUAUGACGUUACAAUAACAUGUUCGGAUGCCGGAAAUCCUCCACUUACAUCCAAGAAAACUAUUCGCGUCGAGGUAACCGAUGUAAAUGACAACGCGCCACAGUUCAGUCAAUCUGUAUUUACAGCAAGCAUAAUGGAGAAUAAUGAGAUUGGCGCUUCUAUAUUUUCUAUUACAGCCUUUGAUCCCGACGUUGGAGUAAACGCAAAAAUGAAAUACUUUAUUCUGGAGACUCAAAUUCAGAACGCCUCGGUAUUCAGUUACAUCUCUAUUAACCCGGACACUGGUGUCAUUUUCGCUCAAAGAUCUUUCGACUACGAGCAACAUAGAAACUUUCAGAUUCAAGCUCAGGUCAUGGACUUUGGGACGCCAUCACUUGCAAGUAAUGUUUCAGUGGAUGUGAUUAUCCUGGAUCAAAAUGACAAUGUGCCAGUCAUCGUACAGCCAUUCGCCGAAUUUGGGUCAACAGCAGUUGACACAAUAUCCAGGUUUGCAGAACCAGGCUACUUGGUUGCCAAGGUAUCCGCCACUGACGCUGACGCCGGUCAGAACGCUCGUCUUUCUUAUUCCAUUUUUCAGGCUACCCAGCAUAACCUUUUUACUAUUUCACCAGACACUGGGGAAAUUUGGACAAUCCGUCGUGUCGUUACUAAAGAUGCCUCUAAGCAAAGGUUGGUGAUUCUGGUAAAAGAUAAUGGAUCACCAUCU